CAAGGAAGUUGUUGGUCAUUCGACCAACACCACCGCAGUUGCGAUGUCCACGAGGCAACAGGCGCUGUCGUUCUACCGCAAGAUAUACCGAACUGCUGGGUUGAUGCCAACGAAGGACCGAACGGAGUUUGUGCGACGUCGACUCCGCGGAGAGUACGACCAGUACCGCCAUGAAACCAACCCCGCGCGCAUCGAGUUUUUGAUCAAGGUAGCCGACACCCAGUUGGACACGUUGGAGAUCCAAGUGGCUCACUUCUCUCGAGUGUUUUCCAGUCCGAGUUAUCACAACCAAUAAACCCUCGGUCGCUUUGCAUUAGUUACUUUGCACGAGUCGCCAGUAUGACCGCGCGGCGCAGACGUUCGACCCAUUGCUCCUUGACUUCCAUCGUCGACGCGCGCAGGUAAAAGAUGCGCUCGCUGUCGCCAUCUACCUUGCGACGGCCGAGCGUCGGGUCGGACCCAAACAGCCCUACAUCGAUGAUCGUGUUAAGACAGACACUCGUCGUUCUCUUCUCGA